AUGCAAGUCCAAGUUAGAACAAUAAAUGUUAUUUGUGCAGUAUUAUUAGUCUUAGCUGGUUUUCUCAUCGACAAUAAAGUUGAUGCUCGAGCAAUCAAAAGAAGAUCAUCUGAUGUUAGCGCGGAAGAGUAUAAACGUGCUCUAGUUGAUGCUUUGGCUCAUGCACUUGUUAAGUCACAUGAACGUAAACGUGGUAACUCUGGUGCAUUUAAUUCAUUGAAAGCAAACAGACGAGAUGACCAGGAGAUAUGGACUGAACACUAUGCUGGUGAAAGUGGUGAAAGUAGUCCAUCAGGGGCUGCAUCAGGCUCAUCCGGUGAUAGUAGCGCAUCAGACGCUGGACUCGAUUCAUGGUUGGGAUCAUUCCCAUCAGGCAAUGUCGAUUCGGAUGUAUGGACUGAAUCAGGCACAUGGGGUGAUAGUAGCGCAUCAGGGGCUGGAUCAGGCUCAUCAAACAAUGGCGAUCAAGAUGUAUGGACUGAAGGACGAUCACGAAACGGAAACAGACGAGAAGAACCAGAGUGGACUGAAACAGACACAUCAGGUGUUGCCGCUCCAUGGACUGAAACAGACUUAUCAGAUGCUUUUGAUCCCAAUAUGUGGUAUGAAGUAGCAUCACGAGCAGCAAAACAAACAGCAGGAACAGGAAAAACAAUGUUAAGCGCAAAAACAUAA